AUGGAUCCUCCUUUGGCUUCUGUAGAGGCGACAAAUGUCAUGAAAGAAUCAGACCUCUUUGCUCAUAAUCAUGCUAAUAAUCUGGAAAACGAAUCCACCGAAAUUAUCUGGAGUGACCGGGCUGAGAGUGCCGAAAUCCUUUCAGAUUCGAGUGAUUUAUCUAGUGAUCAUGAUUUUGAAAUGCCAAAAGAUGUUCCCGAUGGUCCCGAGUUCAGUGAUUUAGCAGCUCACAUUGGUUCGGUGGUUGAAUCAUUGAUCAGUGCCAAGAAACAAACGGAUUCAUCAUUAUCAUUGAAUGGAAUGAUUGACUCCCAGCCUUCAUUACAGACGGAGGAACCGGCGAGUUCUGCCACGUCGCUUUCACGUGCAUCGCCUUCAGUGUCUACUCGGAACCUCAGAGUUGCUAAGACUUGCCCAGAAGAAGAAAGCACGGGUACACAACAGGCGAUUUCACAACAACCUGUGCAACAGGAAACUUCAGAGAUAGAAGGAGAUUCCAAUUUAAUAUCUCAAAAUACACCGCGACUAUCUGCAGUUAUCGAAGCUGACAAUUCGGCAGAUUACCACCCAAAAGAUAUAGAGUCAAUUUCAUUUCCGGGCGGAAUAGAGCCCUUUGCAUUCUUCCCAACAGAGGAUGCUUCACGGGUAGAUUCUGACCAGUGGGCAUGGCCGCCAGAUGUGUCCACGGCGAUUUCUAUUCCUCCCUCAGGUGAUGAUUCCUCGGACGCAGCGUGUCUGCAUGAAAAAGAUUUGCAGCAACAUCCUGAAGUUCAUGCUACAGAAUCUGAAAGUGACGAGGAUUUUGGAGAGUUCGAGGGCUGUCAGACUGCUAUUCUUACACAGGAAAAUCCCACGGAUUUCACCGAAACCGAAAGAGUUUCACAAAUCGAAUUAUCUGAAGAUAAAAGUAUCCUGGGUCGCUUGCUUCAACACUUGGAACCCACACUGGCCAAAGCUUUCGAAACAUCGACCACGUCCGUUUUGAAUGAUUGGGUGACCAGAACACGGAGAGAUGAACUGAAUAAUCCUACCGCUGAAAUCGAGUGCGAACAUCCUCCGGCAUCACUGAAUUCUGCAACACACUGUGAGAGCACGUUUUGGAAUAAUCUAUUCACUCACAGUCGUGCUCACGAUGCCCGUUUACAAUGGAGUAAAUCAUUGCUUUACGACGCCUAUCUGCGAUCGGUGAAUGUGGACGUUCGUAGUGCUAUGCCUGCUUUUGCUAGUCAACUUCGUUUACUUGAGCCCAUCCGACUUGGUGCGUCUAGUGCACAAACCACUUACAUCACGACAACUGCCGGGAAGCCAGCGCUGUCCAUAUCUGCUGGUACGUCCAAUACAACGGCUUCAUCCGGUGCACACAGUGAGUCGGAGAACACAGCUCCCGAGUUUGAUUGGAACUCAAGCGGUUUGACCAAUCCCCUUGGUGUAAGUUCUACCAUCGAGCCACAAUUGGAUCUGGACUUUUUCGAGGUUCAAUCUGAAACAAAUAGUAACAGCGCUCCUGUUCCCAAAGAUCCGAAAAUAUCCGAACUAGAAUUAGAGCUGUUUGCCACAACUCUCCCACCGCCUGUGCCAAGCAAUCCCCCUACAACUCAAUCAGUGCUCAAUGGAGUUGACCUCAUGUCCCAAUCAUCUGCGGCAGCUGUGUCUGAUUCGAAACCGACAACUUUCAGUUCCACUGUGCGAGCUGUUGUGGCCAAACUACCGAAGCUGCGUUAUAUGCGAGCGCGCAACUUAAUCUUCCCGAUACCGGAGACAGAAACAAACUGA